CUCACUCCCACGCCCCCCCCCCCGCCAAUUUGGGUUCAUUUGCAGCAGCUUUUGGUUCCUUAUCCGGGGACUGGGCUGCCGGGUGUGAUUGGCCGGGAAUGUCACAUGGUGAAAGUAACUUUACAGGGUCGCCAGCUAGUAGGAGGGCUUUAUGGAGCAGAAAAACGACAAAGCGAGAAAAAUUAUUUUCCACUCCAGAAAUUAAUGAUCAUGAGCUCUUAUUUGAUGGACUCUAACUACAUCGAUCCGAAAUUUCCUCCAUGCGAGGAAUAUUCGCAAAAUAAUUACAUCCCAGACCACAGUCCGGAAUAUUAUAGCCGGACAAGGGAGUCCAGCUACCAGCAUCACCACCAGGAGCUGUACCCCGUGCCUCGAGCCUCCUUCCCCGACCGCCCGUUCAGCUGCGGGGGGCUCCAGGCUCCCGGCAACCCAGCCGCUCUCCAAAGGGGACACGGGCAAACUCCAGGAGGCCAACACCUCUCAGAGAAAGCACAGCAGCUCUGCGAGCAGGCUGCUCUGUCCACCUCCUCCACCACUCCUUCCCCAGCCCCUCCAGCCUGCAACCAGCCAAACCCCGACCAUCCCACCAGCACAGCAUCCAAACAGCCCAUAGUCUAUCCCUGGAUGAAAAAAAUCCACGUCAGUACUGUGAAUCCCAAUUACAAUGGAGGCGAACCCAAGCGAUCCAGGACAGCCUACACCAGGCAGCAGGUUUUGGAGCUGGAAAAGGAGUUUCACUAUAACAGGUACCUGACCCGACGGCGACGCAUCGAGAUCGCCCACUCCCUUUGCCUCUCCGAGCGACAGAUCAAAAUCUGGUUUCAGAACAGGAGGAUGAAAUGGAAAAAAGACCACAGGCUCCCCAACACCAAAGUCCGCGCAGCCUCCGCCGCCUCGGCCCCCGCAGCCCCCGCCAGCACGGCCGCGGGCGAGGAGCUGCCCUCCGCCCCCGCGCAGGACCCGCGCACCGAGGACAUCACCAGGUUGUGAGCCCCCCCCCCCCAGACCCGCGCACAAAUGACUCUGGAUUAUUUAUAGAAUCUAAUAUAUAUAUAUAUAUAUAUUUUGGUUCUUUCCCCCCUCUUCCCUUCGUAGGUUUUUUUUUUUGGUCUUUUAUUCUAAUUAUUAUUAUUUUUCCUGUGCGUAUAAAAAAAACCCCAACAAUGGGUCUC